AAUUUGAUUACUUUAUAGUUUCAUUAACAUAAAGACAGUCUUAAUUAUUAAGACUUUAUUAUAAAGUAAUUGUCGAUAUUAAAUUAUAUACAAAAAGAUGCAUAGUUUUAUUAAUUAAGAAUACCCACUUACUACUCAUCCUUUUUCUAUUUAAGGAACGGCUAAUUAAUCGAAUCAAACACAAGCAUAGUAGCACAAGCAAACACACACACACACAACUAAUGUGCUAACUUUCUCAUCUCUGAUCUCUCUCUCUAUAAAUACAUAUUUAGAUAUAUAACAUUCAUUUAUUUUGUUAAUUUGAAAAUGACAUACUUAGAUGAAGUGUGUAUGAAGAGAUUAUUAGUGGUGUGGGUUUUGUUGUUGGGAUUAUUUUCAUGCUCAGCUUUGGGUGAUCACGACCAAAUAAAUCUUAAUGCGGAUCAGCCACUCUCUAAAAUUGCCAUUCUCAAUUGCAAGCUUGCUCUUAAUAACAACUCCUCUUCUAUUUAUGCUAAAAUUAUUGAUCUUCAACCCAAAAAGGGUAAAAAUAAUAAUGGUAUUGAAGAAGAUGCAAAAUGGGUGAGUGUGACUCUUAAGAAUUCAAAACCAGCCAACGAUGAUUGGGUUGGUGUUUUCUCUCCGGCGAAAUUUGACUCCUCAACAUGCCCACCAAAUGGAGCUAAGGAUAGCGAAGUGGAAAAACCAUACAUAUGCUCUGCUCCUAUUAAGUUCCAAAAUGCAAACUAUUCUAGUAAAGAUUACACGACCACUGGUGUAGCCACUUUGAAGUUUCGGUUAAUCAAUAUGAGAGCCGAUUUUUCCUUUGCCUUGUUUACAGGUGGAUUCUCAAAUCCUAAAUUGGUGGCAAUUUCGAACACUCUACCAGUAUUUGCUAAUCCAAAGGCACCCCUUUAUCCUCGUCUUGCUAUAGGCAAGGCUUGGGAUGAAAUGACUGUAACUUGGACCAGUGGAUACAACAUAGAUGAGGCUGUUCCAUUUGUUGAGUGGGGUCUUAAAGGAGAAACCCAGCAACGAUCCCCAGCUGGAACACUCACUUAUGAUCGUACCAGCAUGUGUGGUGCACCUGCAAGAACAGUUGGAUGGCGUCAUCCUGGAUUCAUACACACAAGUUUUCUUAAAGAACUAUGGCCAAACUCUCAAUACACUUACAGAAUGGGUCAUCGGUUAUAUGAUGGUUCAUACGUAUGGAGUAAAUAUUACUCUUUUAGAGCCUCACCGUACCCUGGACAAGACUCUUUACAACGUAUUAUUGUAUUUGGCGACAUGGGAAAGGCAGAGAGAGAUGGUUCGAAUGACUAUGGUAACACACAACCAGGUUCACUCAACACCACAGAUCAACUCGUUAAGGACCUGAAGAACUAUGACAUAGUUUUCCACAUCGGCGAUAUGGCAUAUGCCGAUGGAUACCUAUCUGAGUGGGACCAGUUUAUCGCACAAGUCUCACCCAUUGCUUCAGCUGUUCCAUACAUGGUUGCAAGUGGUAAUCACGAACGUGAUUGGCCAAAUUCGGGGUCUUUUUGGGACACAUCUGAUUCAGGAGGUGAAUGUGGUGUACCUGCUGAAACUCUCUACUAUGUUCCAGCUGAGAAUCGAGCCAAGUUUUGGUACUCAGCAGAUUAUGGAAUGCUUAAAUUCUGUGUAGCCGAUAGUGAACAUGACUGGAGAGCAGGAUCAGAACAAUACAAGUGGAUUGAGAAAUGCUUUGCAUCAGCAGAUAGAAGGAAGCAGCCUUGGUUGAUCUUUAUAGCUCACCGUGUUCUUGGCUAUUCAUCAAAUGCUUGGUACGCCCAGCAGGGCUCAUUUGCGGAGCCUGAAGGAAGGGACGACCUACAAAAGCUUUGGCAAAGAUACAAGGUCGACAUUGCCUUUUUUGGCCAUGUCCAUAACUACGAAAGGAUAUGCCCCAUUUACCAGAACCAAUGUGUGAAUGAUGAAAAAUCACAUUAUAGUGGUGUUGUAAAUGGAACUAUUCAUGUGGUAACUGGAGGAGGAGGAAAAAGCUUGGCCAAAUUCAGCAGCUUGACCCCAACUUGGAGUGUAUUCAGAGAUUAUGAUUGGGGAUUUGUCAAACUCACAGCCUUUAACCACUCAUCACUCCUCUUCGAAUACAAGAAAAGUCGUGAUGGUGAAGUCUAUGAUUCUUUUACCAUUUACAGGGAGUACAAGGACGUAUUGGCCUGUGUUCAUGACGGUUGUGAACCAACCACUUUGGCAGCUUAAAAUAUCAUCCCUUUUUUCCUAAUAAUUACAAAGGGCAUUGUGGGUUUAAAGUAUCCAAACUUUGUAGUAAGAACACUGUGAAGGAGAUGAAAGUACUAAAACUAUCAUCUCUCUGUCUAUUUUGUGGUAUUCUCUAGCAGAGGUUUUCUUAUGAUGAAUUUAGGUAUUUUCAAGUUAAAUAACACCUUAUGCUUCUUCUAUAAA